AUGCUUAAACAUUUCAGUCAAACAAGGCUGGAAGUAAUUGAAAUUAACAAUGACAGAAUUGAAAUUUUUGAACCCGGUGCGCUUUUAUUGCUACCUUCAUCGUUGACAAUCGUCUUUGCAAGAAAUAAUAGAUUCGAAAUCGGACCAUACAUGUUGGAUGUCAAUUCACUUCAAGAAGUUAAUCUUAAAGGCAAUGUUUUAAGCAAAUGGAACGGUCCCGUGGAAGGAGUAGAAUCAAUUACUAAGUUAGAUCUAAGUAAUAACUAUUGCCACCACAUUAACACCGACUUCUUUAAACAUCUCCGCUCACUUAAAAAAUUGGAUAUGUCGUAUAAUAACUUACAAUGGGUGCUGUAUAAUGAUAAAAAUGGAUCUAUUUUUAGACCACUAAAUAAUUUAACUCAUCUAAAUUUAAUCAAAAAUAAUUUAAUAUGGUUGCCAAGUAAAAUAUUUACAGGCUUAUCAAGUUUACAGCAUCUAAACCUGAGUCGGAAUAUUAUCCGUGAUAUGAUUUUAGAUUUGAGAAUU